ACAAUCAGAACAGAAGGAUCUUAAAUUAGUCAGAAAAUUGCAAUGCAUCUUCAUCUCAUGCUUUCAACGAUUGUGUGUGCGCGCUAGUUAAGCACAAGUCAUUCCUACGUAAGAGGAAAGAACAGAGAGAGGUGAGAUCUAGAAGCUGGAAUGUGAAAAUAUAAAUCAAGCAGGUUCAUCGAAGCGAGAAGAGUCUGUCUACUUCUGAUCUGUGCGAGAGAGCCAACGUGCAAAGGAAUUCUCAACAGGCAGACACUACCAGAAGAUGUUCAGGCAGAGCUUCAUGAUGCUGUCAGUUCUCCUCGUCAUGUCCUUUGUGACAUUGAAAGCUCACGAGGUCAAAGGUGAAAGGUUUGUGAGCAGCUACAGCAACAAGAAAAGCACAGCCAAGAUGGCAGAGGAAAAAAUUAAUCAAUUGCUCGCCGUAAGAAUCCUUGAUCCAAGUCUUGGGACCCCCAUGGCAGCUGAGGGAAGCAACUGGUCACCUGACCGCUCACACGUCAAACGUAAAGACACUGUGAUGGGCCGUUCCCAUGGCGAGGUGACCUCCUAUUGGCCCAGGAGGACAUUCACCUUGCCGUUCCAGUACACCUUUGAUGUGCAGAGGGGAAGGGAGAUGUUGCUGUCCAGGAGGAAUAGCAAGGACGCCAGGUUCUCCCUGUCUCUGGAUGUGCCCACCAACAUCCUCAGCAUCCUCAUUGACCUCGCCAAGGCUAAAGAUAUGAGGGCGAAAGCUGCUGCAAAUGCUGCAUUGAUGGCACAGAUUGGAAAAUGACC